UCUCCUCUUCCUCUCAGCUGGUCUUUUCUUCCUCUUAGCUGACAACUCCAGGCACAGCUCUCUGCAAGGCAUAGACCUGCUUGCCAGCCCUUGUCUGCCUGGGAAGCAUCUAAGCCUAUCUGCUGGAGGCUUUGCCUCCUAGAGGCUGACUUUCGGUGUGGAGCAGACAACCAGUUCUUUCUGGAGGUGGAUAUCUUCGUACAUUGUAAGAAUUGUAAGAGCUCUAAGAGCCUACUUUGAUGACAUAAUGGAUGAGCCUUCCCCCUUGGCCAAGCCUCUGGAGCUGAACCAACACUCUCGAUUCAUAAUUGGCUCUGUGUCUGAAGAUAACUCUGAGGAUGAGAUCAGCAACUUGGUGAAACUGGAUCUAUUGGAAGAGAAAGAAGAAUCUUUGUCCCCAGCUUCUGUCAACUCAGAUACUCUCUCUGACUUGGGACUCCCAAGCCUACAAGAUGGCUUGGCCUUACACAUGAGGUCCAGUAUGUCCGGCCUACACUUGGUAAAGCAAGGUCGAGAUCGAAAGAAGAUAGACUCCCAGAGAGAUUUCACUGUUGCUUCUCCAGCAGAGUUUGUUACUCGUUUUGGUGGAAAUAAAGUGAUUGAGAAGGUUCUCAUUGCCAACAAUGGCAUUGCUGCAGUGAAAUGCAUGAGAUCUAUCCGUAGGUGGUCUUAUGAGAUGUUUCGAAAUGAACGAGCAAUCCGAUUUGUUGUCAUGGUGACGCCUGAAGAUCUCAAAGCAAAUGCAGAGUACAUUAAGAUGGCAGAUCACUAUGUACCAGUGCCUGGAGGACCAAACAACAACAACUAUGCAAAUGUGGAACUAAUUCUUGAUAUUGCUAAAAGGAUCCCAGUACAAGCAGUGUGGGCUGGAUGGGGCCAUGCUUCUGAAAACCCCAAGCUUCCUGAACUCCUCUUAAAGAAUGGCAUUGCCUUUAUGGGCCCUCCAAGCCAAGCCAUGUGGGCUCUGGGGGAUAAGAUCGCCUCUUCUAUUGUAGCUCAAACUGCAGGUAUCCCAACUCUUCCCUGGAGUGGUAGUGGUCUUCGUGUAGACUGGCAAGAGAAUGAUUUCUCAAAGCGCAUUUUGAAUGUUCCCCAGGAUUUGUAUGAGAAAGGUUAUGUAAAGGAUGUAGAUGCUGGGUUGCAGGCAGCUGAGGAAGUUGGUUAUCCAGUUAUGAUCAAGGCUUCAGAAGGAGGAGGAGGGAAGGGAAUCAGAAAAGUGAACAAUGCUGAUGACUUCCCUAACCUAUUCAGACAGGUUCAAGCUGAAGUUCCUGGCUCCCCUAUCUUUGUGAUGAGACUAGCCAAACAGUCUCGUCACUUGGAGGUACAGAUCUUAGCAGAUCAGUAUGGCAAUGCGAUCUCCUUGUUUGGCCGUGAUUGCUCUGUGCAGCGAAGACACCAGAAGAUCAUAGAAGAGGCUCCUGCCACUAUUGCAACUCCCGUGGUAUUUGAGCAUAUGGAACAGUGUGCUGUGAAGCUUGCCAAGAUGGUAGGUUAUGUCAGUGCUGGGACUGUGGAGUACCUCUACAGCCAGGAUGGCAGCUUCUACUUCUUGGAGCUGAAUCCACGGCUGCAGGUGGAGCACCCUUGUACGGAGAUGGUGGCUGAUGUCAACCUUCCAGCGGCACAACUCCAGAUUGCCAUGGGUAUUCCUCUGUACAGAAUCAAGGAUAUCCGAAUGAUGUAUGGAGUCUCACCCUGGGGAGAUGUCCCCAUUGAUUUUGAAAACUCUGCUCAUGUCCCCUGCCCGAGGGGUCACGUCAUCGCUGCUCGAAUCACUAGUGAGAAUCCUGAUGAGGGUUUUAAGCCCAGCUCAGGAACAGUCCAGGAAUUGAAUUUCCGCAGCAAUAAGAAUGUCUGGGGCUAUUUCAGUGUUGCUGCUGCAGGUGGACUUCAUGAGUUUGCAGAUUCUCAGUUUGGUCACUGCUUCUCAUGGGGAGAAAACCGAGAGGAAGCCAUUUCAAACAUGGUGGUAGCUUUGAAGGAGCUGUCUAUCCGGGGAGACUUCCGGACUACUGUGGAGUACCUGAUCAAGCUGCUGGAGACGGAGAGCUUCCAGCAUAACCGCAUAGACACAGGCUGGCUGGACAGGCUGAUCGCUGAGAAAGUACAGGCAGAGCGUCCUGAUACCAUGUUGGGGGUUGUAUGUGGGGCUCUACAUGUGGCAGAUGUGAGCCUUCGGAACAGUAUUUCCAAUUUUCUUCACUCUUUGGAAAGGGGUCAGGUCCUUCCUGCUCACACACUGCUGAACACAGUUGAUGUUGAGCUCAUCUAUGAAGGGGUCAAGUAUGUGCUUAAGGUGACCCGGCAGUCCCCUAACUCCUAUGUGGUGAUCAUGAAUGGCUCCUGUGUAGAAGUAGAUGUGCACCGUCUGAGUGAUGGAGGAUUACUUUUGUCCUAUGAUGGUAGCAGCUAUACAACAUACAUGAAGGAAGAAGUGGAUAGAUACCGCAUCACAAUUGGCAACAAGACCUGUGUAUUUGAGAAGGAGAAUGACCCAUCUGUACUUCGUUCACCUUCUGCUGGAAAGCUGAUCCAGUACAUUGUGGAGGAUGGAGGCCAUGUGUUUUCUGGCCAGUGCUAUGCUGAGAUUGAGGUGAUGAAGAUGGUAAUGACUUUAAUUUCUGUUGAGUCUGGUUGUAUCCACUAUGUUAAGCGGCCUGGAGCAGCCCUUGACCCUGGUUGUGUGAUUGCCAAACUGCAGCUGGAUAACCCCAGCAAAGUUCAGCAGGCUGAACUGCAUACUGGAAGUUUGCCAAAGAUCCAGAGUACAGCACUCAGAGGCGAGAAGCUUCAUCGGGUCUUCCAUUAUGUCCUGGAUAACCUGGUCAACGUAAUGAAUGGAUACUGCCUCCCAGACCCUUUCUUUAGCAGCAGGGUAAAAGAUUGGGUGGAGAGAUUGAUGAAAACCCUCAGAGACCCCUCCCUACCUCUCCUAGAAUUGCAGGACAUUAUGACCAGUGUUUCUGGCCGGAUACCACCCAAUGUGGAAAAGUCCAUCAAGAAGGAAAUGGCCCAAUAUGCCAGCAAUAUCACCUCUGUCCUUUGCCAGUUUCCCAGCCAACAGAUAGCCAACAUCCUAGAUAGUCAUGCAGCUACAUUGAACCGGAAGUCUGAACGGGAAGUCUUCUUCAUGAACACUCAGAGCAUUGUGCAGCUGGUGCAGAGGUACCGAAGUGGCAUCAGAGGCCACAUGAAGGCUGUAGUGAUGGAUCUGCUCCGACAGUACCUGCGAGUGGAGACUCAGUUCCAGAACGGUCACUAUGAUAAGUGUGUCUUCACCCUUCGGGAAGAGAAUAAAAGCGAUAUGAACACUGUGCUGAACUAUAUCUUCUCCCAUGCUCAGGUCACCAAGAAGAACCUUCUGGUCACCAUGCUGAUCGAUCAGUUGUGUGGCCGGGAUCCCACCCUCACCGAUGAGCUGCUGAACAUCCUGACAGAGCUGACUCAGCUCAGCAAAACCACCAAUGCUAAAGUGGCACUCCGAGCCCGGCAGGUUCUUAUUGCCUCCCAUUUGCCAUCCUAUGAACUUCGCCAUAACCAAGUAGAGUCUAUUUUCCUGUCGGCUAUUGACAUGUAUGGACAUCAGUUUUGCAUUGAGAACCUACAGAAACUUAUCUUGUCUGAAACAUCCAUUUUUGAUGUCCUCCCAAACUUCUUCUACCAUAGCAACCAAGUAGUGAGAAUGGCAGCUUUGGAGGUAUAUGUGAGAAGGGCCUACAUUGCCUAUGAACUCAACAGUGUCCAGCAUCGCCAACUGAAGGACAAUACCUGUGUGGUAGAGUUCCAGUUCAUGCUGCCUACAUCUCACCCAAACAGAGGGAACAUCCCCACGCUAAACAGAAUGUCCUUCUCCUCCAACCUCAACCACUAUGGCAUGGCUCACGUAGCUAGUGUCAGCGAUGUGCUGCUGGACAACUCAUUCACUCCACCAUGCCAGAGGAUGGGCGGGAUGGUUUCUUUCCGGACGUUUGAAGAUUUUGUCAGAAUUUUUGAUGAAGUAAUGGGCUGCUUCUGUGAUUCCCCACCCCAAAGCCCUACAUUCCCUGAGGCGGGCCACACUUCACUGUAUGAUGAAGAUAAGGCUGCCAGGGACGAACCAAUUCACAUCCUGAAUGUGGCCAUCAAGACUGACUGUGACAUUGAAGAUGAUAGACUAGCAGCCAUGUUUAGAGAUUUUACUCAGCAAAAUAAAGCUACUCUCGUUGAACAUGGGAUCCGACGGCUUACUUUCCUGGUUGCACAAAAGGAUUUCAGAAAACAGGUCAACUAUGAGGUGGAUCAGAGAUUUCAUAGAGAGUUUCCUAAAUUUUUCACAUUCCGAGCAAGGGAUAAGUUUGAGGAAGAUCGUAUCUAUCGUCACUUGGAGCCUGCCCUGGCUUUCCAGCUAGAGCUGAACCGAAUGAGGAAUUUUGACCUCACUGCUAUUCCAUGUGCCAACCAUAAGAUGCAUUUAUACCUUGGGGCAGCUAAAGUAGAAGUGGGUACUGAAGUGACAGACUACAGAUUCUUUGUGAGGGCAAUCAUCAGGCAUUCUGAUCUGGUUACCAAGGAAGCCUCUUUUGAGUAUCUACAGAAUGAAGGGGAGCGUCUGCUCCUGGAAGCCAUGGAUGAGUUGGAGGUUGCUUUUAACAAUACCAAUGUCCGAACUGAUUGCAACCAUAUCUUCCUCAACUUUGUGCCCACAGUCAUCAUGGACCCAUCAAAGAUUGAGGAGUCUGUGAGGAGCAUGGUGAUGCGCUAUGGAAGCCGGCUGUGGAAACUCCGAGUUCUCCAAGCAGAGCUGAAAAUUAACAUCCGCCUUACACCAACUGGAAAAGCGAUUCCCAUCCGUCUCUUCCUGACCAAUGAGUCUGGCUAUUACUUGGACAUCAGUCUGUACAAGGAAGUGACUGACUCCAGGACGGCACAGAUCAUGUUCCAGGCUUAUGGAGACAAACAGGGACCACUACAUGGGAUGUUAAUCAAUACUCCUUAUGUGACCAAAGACUUGCUACAAUCCAAGAGGUUCCAAGCACAAACCUUAGGGACGACAUACAUUUAUGAUAUUCCAGAAAUGUUCCGGCAGUCUCUCAUCAAACUUUGGGACUCUAUGUCAGCCCAAGCAUUCCUGCCAGCCCCACCACUACCGUCUGAUAUGCUAACUUACACUGAGUUGGUGUUGGAUGAUCAAGGUCAGCUGGUACAUAUGAACAGGCUUCCGGGAGGAAAUGAGAUUGGCAUGGUAGCUUGGAAAAUGACUCUCAAGAGUCCUGAGUACCCAGAAGGACGAGAUAUCAUUGUUAUUGGAAAUGACAUCACCUAUCGAAUUGGGUCCUUUGGACCUCAAGAAGAUGUGCUAUUUCUGAGGGCUUCUGAGCUUGCCAGGGCAGAGGGUAUCCCUCGUAUUUAUGUGGCAGCUAACAGUGGAGCAAGAAUUGGGUUGGCAGAGGAAAUACGCCACAUGUUCCAUGUGGCCUGGGUGGAUGCUGAUGAUCCUUACAAGGGUUACAAGUAUUUAUAUUUGACUCCUCAAGAUUAUAAGAGGGUCAGCGCCCUGAACUCUGUUCACUGUGAGCAUGUAGAAGAUGAAGGGGAAUCCAGGUACAAGAUAACAGAUAUCAUUGGGAAAGAAGAUGGACUUGGGGCUGAGAACCUCAGGGGUUCUGGGAUGAUUGCUGGAGAAUCCUCAUUGGCAUAUGAUGAGAUCAUCACCAUCAGCCUGGUAACUUGCCGAGCCAUUGGAAUUGGAGCUUAUCUAGUUCGACUGGGGCAGAGAACCAUCCAGGUUGAGAAUUCCCAUUUGAUUCUGACGGGAGCUGCAGCCCUCAACAAAGUGCUUGGGCGGGAAGUAUAUACAUCUAAUAACCAGCUCGGAGGCAUCCAGAUUAUGCACAACAAUGGAGUGACGCACAGUACCGUAUGUGAUGACUUUGAAGGGGUUCUUACAGUCCUCCACUGGCUGUCCUAUAUGCCCAAGAAUGUGCACAGUCCAGUUCCUCUCCUUAACUCCAAGGAUCCCAUUGAUAGAAUCAUCGAAUUUGUCCCUACCAAGGCCCCCUACGAUCCCCGAUGGAUGCUGGCAGGACGUCCUCACCCAACCCAAAAAGGUCAGUGGCUGAGUGGAUUCUUUGACUAUGGCUCCUUCUCCGAGAUCAUGCAGCCUUGGGCACAGACAGUUGUGGUUGGUAGAGCUCGGUUAGGCGGAAUACCUGUAGGAGUUGUUGCCGUGGAAACCAGAACGGUGGAACUCAGUAUCCCUGCUGAUCCCGCUAACCUGGACUCUGAGGCCAAGAUAAUUCAACAGGCAGGACAGGUUUGGUUUCCAGAUUCUGCUUUUAAGACCUAUCAAGCAAUCAAGGACUUCAACCGGGAGGGACUUCCUCUUAUGGUCUUUGCCAAUUGGAGAGGCUUCUCUGGUGGAAUGAAAGACAUGUAUGACCAGGUCUUGAAGUUUGGAGCUUAUAUCGUGGAUGGUUUGCGUGAAUGCUCUCAACCAGUGAUGGUUUAUAUCCCUCCCCAAGCUGAGCUCCGGGGAGGGUCCUGGGUUGUUAUUGAUCCCACCAUUAACCCCAGGCACAUGGAAAUGUAUGCUGACCGGGAAAGCAGAGGAUCUGUUCUGGAGCCAGAGGGGACAGUAGAAAUCAAAUUCCGCAGAAAGGAUUUGGUGAAAACCAUGCGUCGGGUGGACCCAGUCUACAUCCGCCUGGCCGAGCGAUUGGGCACCCCAGAGCUAAGCCCAGCUGAGCGGAAGGAGUUGGAGAGCAAGCUGAAGGAACGGGAGGAAUUCCUCAUUCCCAUUUACCACCAGGUAGCCGUGCAGUUUGCUGACUUGCAUGACACACCGGGCCGGAUGCAGGAAAAGGGUGUCAUUAAUGAUGUUCUAGACUGGAAAACAUCCCGUACCUUCUUCUACUGGCGCCUGAGGCGGCUGCUCUUGGAAGACUUGGUGAAGAAGAAGAUCCAUGCAGCCAAUCCAGAGCUGACGGAUGGCCAGAUCCAGGCCAUGCUUAGGCGCUGGUUUGUGGAGGUGGAAGGAACAGUGAAGGCCUAUGUCUGGGACAACAACAAGGACCUGGUAGAGUGGCUGGAGAAGCAGCUGACGGAGGAAGACGGUUUUCGUUCAGUGGUUGAUGAAAACAUCAAGUACAUUUCAAGAGAUUACAUCCUCAAGCAGAUCCGAAGCUUGGUGCAGGCCAACCCUGAGGUUGCCAUGGAUUCUAUAGUGCACAUGACCCAGCACAUCUCACCAACUCAGCGGGCAGAAGUGGUGCGGAUUCUCUCCACGAUGGACUCUCCUUCAACGUAGGAAGAGCUUCCUGCCCUGCCCUGCCCUGCCCUGCCUCUAUUCAGUGAAAAGGGCCAGAGCUGCCUUUUGUGAUUCAACUGUGACUACUGCCCUGAGCACAGAGAACAGAUGCAGCCCUGGAAUGAACGGGGCUUUUUCUCUCUCCUUGAACUUUGUCUGGUUACAUGGGACAUGCUGGGAAAAACCCGAGAGAUUACCUACACAGACGAGAAUGCCUCCCUCUCCUGCCACAUGGGAAAUGAGAAGACAAUGAAGGGUAUGGAUUCAUACCACGAGGUCUUACUGAAAUGAAGACAAGGUUACUAUUCCCUAACCAACCCAACAGCAGCCCUCCCCCACUCCUCAUUUCCUGGCAGAGUUCUAGGCAGUCAGAGGACCAAUGUGUCCCAUCCCUGUCCCUGUCCCCCCCUCCCCCCCCCCAGCCUUAUGAGCCUGAGCCUGUGCCCUCAGUCAAGCAGGGGAGGGCUGGGGAGGGUGUGAGCCCAAAGGUGCAAGCAGCAAGCUUUGGGAAAAGAAGAAAGCCGUUUCCCAGAUGAGCCCAGCUCAUUUGCCCUGUCCCUGGGAUUUGAGGGAGUGUCAUCCCAAGCUAAAGGGCAUCAAGACACUUGUUUCACAAGCGAUCAGUGGAGCAUGUUCUUUGGGGACUUGUAGGCAGUAGUGAUCGAGAAAAUAGAGCCAUGUCACCCUUGAAGUAGAGGGUCUUGAACCAGAUCCUUUCAGAACAAAAGGGUGGAAAACCAGCUGAGCCCAGAUUCUGGCUCAUCUUGUUGCUCUGUCCCGUCUUGCCUUUGGGAACAACAAUGCCAGCACUGUGUGAGGCUCUGGGCUUCUGCCCAGGGACUGUGUGGGCUGCUUGUGCUAGCCAGAGGGAAAACCCACCGUGGAAGUGCCAUUUAUGGGAUUUAACAUACCUGCCCUUUACUGGCUUGAAAUGCAACUUCUCGUUACUUAAGCCAUAGAGAAGGGGCUGAAUCUGGCCUCUUGGGGUUCAGGUGGUCUUUACUAGUAAGCCUGGUGCCUGUACAGUGACAUUCUCCUGUCUCCAAUACUACCACGUCCUUCAGUCUUUACUUUAGUUGUAGUACCUGACCUGUUUUCUCCUGCAUCCCUCUGCCAUCAGGACUGGAAGUAAAUGACUGACCGGCAGGUGUUUCCCACCCCCCAGCACCCUGCUUGUUAAAGAGACUGUCCCCUUAGCUGUUCCCCGGUUACUGGGAAUGACUGUGACUCUUGAGUGCUGGCAAAGCUGUCCGAUGAAACUGGGACCCACAUGACCUUAAUUAAUAGCAUUUACAGCUCAGUUAUGGGGCUGCUGUCCUUUGGGACCUCCCCAGGCAGCUGUAGGGGCAUACUGAGGGCUGGAGGAAAGUGUUAUUAUUUAUUUUCCACAAGUAGCUAAUUUAAGAAAAGAACUUAACUCUCCAUCCGUGUGUGCUCCAAUGAAAUACCCCUCUCAUCCAGUCUUAACCUAGCCCAGAAGGGGUUGGGAGCCUGGAAGCAGGGCAGCAGCUGCUUUUGCCUUGAGAGUUCAUUGCACCUGGCACUGUUUACAAACAAGGGAAGCCCUGAGACAUCUUUUGCCAUGCAGUUCUUCUAGAAAGCUGCUGUUUGGAGCCUUAACCCUGUAGCCAACAGACAGAAAAAGCCCAAGCACUUCAGCAUGCAGACUGGCUAGUUGAAUGUGUCCCCCGUUCUGAAUCACAGGCUCACUCUUGAAUGUCUAAAAGAAUCAGACAGAGUGAACUCUGAUCAUGUACCUAGAGGGAAGAUUAUCAGCCUGGGAGACGAGAAGUCCAGCGUGACCAAGAAGGGAAAGGAAGACAAAGGUGGGAAGCCCCCAGGGUCACCAGACCUGUCCUGCCAAGAGUUGCUUUCAGCUUUUGGGUUUUGAGCAGAUAGGAGAGGAAUAUGGUUACCAUUCCAUUUUCCUGCAGUAACUCUACUUCCCUACACUACGGGCAGUGUCAGGUGUUCCACCAGGCUCCAGCAGUUCUCUUGGCUGGCAGCAUCGUUUCAGUGAUCAUGCAAGUUAGUCCUGUGAGCACCCUGCUAGAAAACAGACCCCGUGUUCCAUAUGCCCCCAAUUACCGUCCCAUUUCAAGUAGAAAGAAGGGCCUUGUUCAAAGUGAAGAGCUAAUGCCGGCCUCCUUGAGCUCCCCUCUCUGGGCAGUGCCGUGGCGGGGGAGCUUUCCAUAGGGCCAAUAGCCAGAAAGGGUCUCAGCCUGUGAAAAGUCAGCUAUCCUCCCGUGCUACACAGAUCCAAGCUUACUGAGGCAAGAGGAAGAGAAAUGAUGUAUUGACCAAGUCUUGCUUGAACUGAGAUUGCCGUAUUAUCUUUUCGUUCUGUUCACAAAUCAACAUUUACUUGUCUCAGCUAAUAAUUCGGUGGAUGAAGACCCUGAGGCAACCCAGGGGCUUCAGGCCAAUGCCCUUUCUCACUCCCCCUCUGCACCCUACCCACACGCUGAUGAAAUAACCCUCCUCAUCUCCAGCCAAGCUGCAGCUUGUAUUUUAUCCCAGUCCCAUCCUUCAGUCUUCACUUUCCUCUAUCCCAUCUCCAGCUGGGGAGGGGUCGUAUGCCGGGCUUGGGAGGGACGGCCAGAAGAGCUGCACUGGGAGUUCUUGGUGAGCCUCCACACCUCUGUAAGCACUCGGCUGCCCCGACUCACAUGAGGACACCACAGACUUGGACUAGGCCCCCAGCUAGACACGGAAUGAAAGAGGAAGCCUGGUUUUUUAAGUGUCCUUGUCCAGCCUGACAGAUCUUAAUGUCUGGAUCCGAUCACCACGCACAGGCCUCCCUCUCCUCGCUUAAAGGGGACAGCACCUUUUUCAGUCCCAAUUCAACUUGUAGUGAGUUGAAUCCAGAAAAGGUAGCAGGUGCCACUUAAAUUGAACCUCUUCUCUCCGGGUAAGAUCUGAUUGGCCUUGCCCUGGGGAGGAUGAGGUAACAUCAGAAGAGGUCAGCUCAGAGUGUAGCUGCUAGACCAGACAAGAGAGGGGAUGUUAAUUUCACUGUGCCUCCUUAAUUAUCACAUCUACUAAGAAUUUGAAUAUACAAUCCCAUGUGUGUACACACACAAAAAACCUAUUUGAAAAACAUUCAACCCCAAAAGUUCAUUGUCUUUCUUGAGAACUCUAAUUUCCAAGACUGUAGUGAAUUCAGAGUGUUCUUCUAAUACAGUCAAUCUAAUUAACACUGGGACCAAGUGGCAGAUAUUGGAGAUUUUAGUGAGAGGUUCCUUACUCAUUUAGCCAACUAAAUGCACACUUGCCUUUUAGCCAAGUAAGAACUUUAAGCUGCACCCUUGGAUACCAGAAGCUGUUUUUCAAAUUCUGCCUGCUAGGCAGUAUUGGAGAAAAAGAAUUGGGAAUUGGAAGACCUGAGUUCUCACUAAGACCAAUAAUUGACCACACAUGUGCUACUCUGCCUCAGUUUUCACCCACUGAAAAAUGGAACCUGAUCAGCCUGUUCCUGUUCUUUCUCAUGUAAUACCACAAGGACAAACAAGGAGAGCUCCUUGGGAGAAACCUGCAUUGUCUACUAGAGCAGUGGGAAGGCAAGGCAGUGGUUUAUAUUGAUCUUCCCCCUAGGUAUUGUCUGUACUCACCACUUUCAAGAGCUGAGGCAAAACCAAGGAUGGCUUGCUGGCCUGGGCACCAAAAUCACUGUUAGAAAAAUGAAAUAAAAGGGUAUGUUAAAAGUCAUGUAAAAAGAUCAGUCUAAUUUGCUCUGAGCUGGAAGCUGUUGAUGAAUGGAGGGGAAGAGCAGGGCAGGGCAGGGAUGAGUAAGGCUCGAGAAGAAAUGUAUGUCCCUUAAGCUUGCAGCUGCUGCUUCGCUUUCAGAGAGCAUAAGAGACCUCUCCCUGGCUACUCUGGCAAGCAGGAUUUUUUGCCUUCCUUGUUACCUUCACAGAAGGACAGAAGGACGGACAGAAAGGAAGAAGAAAGGCUUACACAAUGCUGAAUCUGUCUGGAAGAGACCAUGCACAACUACUGUUAUUGCCUUUUCCUUUUGGGAAGCUGCCUGGCAUGUCCACACUCUCUGCUGCUGCAGAGUCUCACUUACCUCACAACUUUCUUUUAAUAAAAGACAAAUUAAAACCCA